UCGGAUGGCUGCAGUUUGGCCCCGCUUUGGUCCCCGUGCCAAAGGGCGCUGAUGGCACAGACGCGCCCGAAGAAGAAGACCGGAUUUGGGAGGGGGGAGGAAGGGGAGGGGAGGCCGGGGCCGGACCCGGAAGCGGUUGCGCCCAUCGGGGGGGUGGGGAGUGGGAGGGGGCUUGGGUGGGCUGGGAAAGAGCGCAGGGAGAGGAAGGGGAGGCGGCGGGAGAGGCAGAGGCGGCGGGAGGCGCGCUUUGGGGCCGAAGCGUGUUCCUCGGGGCUCGCGAUGCCUUCGGACUGCCGGACACGCGGGGCAUGGUGAGCCGCCCGCAGCGCCCGAUCCCCGCGGGGACCCGGCCGGCCGUGGGCGCCCUUCUGCUCCUCCUCCUGCUCCGGAGGGACGCCCACGCGCAGAAAGGUGACGGAUGUGGCCAUACUGUUUUAGGUCCUGAAAGUGGGACUUUUACAUCCAUUAAUUACCCACACGCCUAUCCCAACAGCACCGUUUGUGAAUGGGAAAUUCGAGUAAAGCCUGAACAAAGAGUUCAGCUUAAAUUUGGAGAUUUUGAUAUUGAUGAUUUAGAUUCUUGCCAUUUUAAUUAUGUGAGAGUUUACAAUGGAAUUGGGCCCACACGGACAGAAAUAGGAAAAUACUGUGGUUUAGGCUUACAGAUGGACAAUUUAAAUGAAUCAAAGAGUAAUGAAGUUACAGUGCAGUUCAUGAGCGGCAUACACUUCAAUGGGCAUGGAUUUCUUGCAUCUUAUUCAACCACUGACAAACCAGAUUUAAUAACAUGUUUAGACACCGCAAGUCACUUCUCUGAGCCAGAGUUCAGUAAGUAUUGUCCGGCUGGAUGUGUGCUUCCUUUUGCUGAAAUUUCUGGGACUGUUCCACAUGGUUAUAGAGAUUCAUCUUCGCUUUGCAUGGCUGGGGUCCAUGCAGGAGUUGUAUCCAACGUACUGGGUGGUCAGAUCAAUGUUGUAAUUAGCAAAGGCAUUCCAUAUUACGAGAGUUCUUUGGCCAACAAUGUUACAUCAAAAGUAGGUCCACUCUCUUCAGGUCUCUUCACUUUCAAAACCAGUGGUUGCUAUGGAACACUAGGAAUGGAGUCUGGAGUAAUUGCCGAUUCCCAGAUUAAUGCAUCAUCAUUCCUGGAAUGGCCUGAGCAAAUGGGUCAGCCAAGCACCUGGAAGCCAGAAAGAGCCAGGUUGAAAAGGCCGGGACACUCUUGGGCAGCAUUUACCAAUGAUGAAUACCAGUGGCUGCAAAUAGACCUAAACAAAGAACAACGAAUAACAGGUAUCAUUACCACUGGCUCCACCUUAGCAGAGUACCAUUAUUAUGUCUCUGCUUAUAGGAUUCUUUACAGCAACGAUGCACUGAAGUGGACAGUAUACAGAGAACCUGGCACUGAGAGAGAUAAGGUAUUUCAAGGCAAUACUGGAUAUUAUCAAGAAGUCCGUAAUAACUUUAUUCCACCCAUUAUUGCUCGUCUUAUUAGAAUAAACCCUUUAAAGUGGCACCAGAAAAUUGCAAUGAAAGUGGAACUGCUAGGAUGUCAAUUUAAUAUUGUUCGAGCUCCAAGACCUACAGUACCUCCACCACCCAGGAGCAGCAAUGACUUCUCCUUGGAGACUGAUAAAACAACCUUCCCUCCUAAGAUCAAGAACACUACAGUAACUCCAAGUGUAACCAAAGAUGUGGCAUUGGUAGCUGUCCUGGUUCCUGUUUUGGUUAUGGUCCUUACCACCCUCAUUUUGAUACUAGUUUGUGCGUGGCACUGGAGAAACAGAAAGAGAAAAUCAGAAGGAACUUAUGAUAUACCUUAUUGGGAUCGUGCAGGUUGGUGGAAAGGAAUGAAGCAGUUUCUUCCUGCCAAGAGUGCAGAACAUGAUGAAACACCUGUCCGCUAUAGCAGCAGUGAAGUUAGUUGCCUGAGAUCAAGAGAAGUCACAACCAUGUUGCAAACUCAGUCUGCAGAAUAUGCCCAGCCGCUUGUUGGAGGAAUUGUUGGCACGCUCCAUCAGAGGUCAACCUUUAAACCAGAAGAAGGCAACAAAGCAAGCUAUGCUGAUACGGAUCUCUAUAACUCACCUGAACAAGAGAUUUACCAUGCUUAUGCUGAACCGUUACCCAUAAGUGGACCAGAAUAUGCAACCCCAAUCGUAAUGGAUAUGUCAGGGCACCCUGUAGCUCCUCCUGGUCUCUCUUCUGUAUCUACUUUCAAGGCUUCAGGGAACCAAGCCCCACCCCUUGUGGGAGUUUACAAUAAACUUUCCAGGGCUGAUAGCUCGUCCUCCACACAUGUACUCUAUGAUACACCAAAGGGGAUGCCAGGAGUCAGUUCCUCAGAUGAAUUGGUGUACCAGGUACCACAGAACACGCAACAUUCCACAGGAGUGAAAGAAGAAGUUAGUUAAAGUGACGUCUAAAAAUCAGUCUUUUGGUUGUGAUGUCAGACUUUCAAAAUGUUUUUUGGGGGAAAUAAAUAAUACAUAGGCCCAGAAAAAUGAGUAAAUUGCCCCUUUGAGGGUCUAUACACAACUACUGCUUUCUUCUUUGCAAAAUAAUGGGCUUUCCACACACUACUGAAGGGAACUGCAUUCAAUGCUAGACAGGCAUGAGAAACUUAAAAUAUGCAUAAUCACUGAGUGUAAAUAUGCAUGUCACGAAAGAUAGAUAAGUAAUCAGCUUCCAUUACAUACGGCCAAAGUGCCAAGAAAGAAGAAGGUACUGUUCUGGACACAGAAGAAAAAGAAGUCACUGAUGUCUGCAUACUACUAGUGUUUCACAUUAAUGUGUUAAUAGACAGAUCAUUUAAGAUUUAUAUUUCCAUCUAUAAUGUAGUUCAAGUGAAAUGACUGCCCUGCUUUCUUUAAAAAAAAAAAAAGAAUUUUUUUAUAAUAGUUCCUAAAUCCUUUUGGCAGCCCCAACUAAAAAUACAGCUGUUGAAUUCAUUGGAUUUACCUAUGUAUUGGCUCACUAUUCAACAAUUGAUUAAACUUGUGUUUUCUAAUCACAGGAUUCUAGGCAUCUAUGAUAAAGAUGGAUAUCUAAAAUGGAUCAUGCCAUACUUUAUGGUGGUCCUUUUUUAAAAAAUGGAGUUACGUGAAACCUUUGGUAAUUAUUACUUUGCCAAACACCAGUGAAGAUUCUGUGCUUAAUCUUUCUUUAAUUUUAAUGCUGUUUUGCUUACUUUUUAAAAAACACUACUGUUCUUUUCUCCAGUUACUAAGAAGCAGGUUUCCAGAACAUGAUUCAAUAAGUGACUAAGACAUACUGUUUCUCCAAAACCAUUUUCAGGUUUCGGCUUCAGAGCCCCAGUGUGAUAUGAGAAUAGAAAUACUGAUCUGCAUUUUAGGAUCGAUGUGAUAUAAUUCAGAUAUUGAAAGUGCAGAGGAGCCUUCUUAACUGCAAAUGUCAUUAGAGAUCCUGCAUGGGAGUCAUAGCUAGAGUGAUGUAGCUAUGAUCUGUCACCUAAUUUUUAAGGUGGAGUUUAGGGUCCAUUUGCUAUAGUGUCUAAUUCAUUGUAAAUACUGAUGAGGAUUCCAGCUAUAGUUUGUCAAAAAAAAUACACAAAAGUUCUACAAUUUCCUCUAAUAGUAGAAAACUUGAAAUAUUUAAAGUAGCCUAACUGAUUUUUUAUGGCGUUAGAAGGUGUUUGACUCUUCCUCAGCACAUGAAUAUAUUGUGCGUGCAUGUGGGUGUAAAUCAGGGUUUCUGUACAUCCACAGCUGCACUGCAGUUCCCUAAUAUUGUUUCAUUUGCUUAUAUGCCUUAAGAAAAACAUGAAUACAUUGACAACCUAGAAUAUUUAGAAUGUGAAAUCUGUUGACUGUUUAAUUUUGGGAUUUGGUGUAGUGUAAGACCGUUAAAGUUUAUAUCUCAACUCUUGACUCAUUCCCCCUUCCAGCCCUUCAAACGUUUCUGCAGCUUUAGAGUUUAGGACUCCUCGCAGAAUUUUUAUACUUGAAGCAGUUAGUGGCUUUAUGCACAAUGCAAAUUAUUAAGAACAUAGCUUGAGAGCAUUACAAGCCAAGCUCCAUCUUUAUGUUUAAAUGCAUAUGGAGAGGAAAAAGCACAUGAGAGAAAGCUUUGAUUUUAUUGUAGUAUGACAGCACCGUAGUGGCAAUGUAGAAUAGAUAAAUGUGAUAUCACUCUAUACACAAUAGCCCAGUUUUAUGGACUUUAAAUGUUUAUGAGUGCAUAAUUCAAAAGAACAUAUUGUAUUUUUUUUGUGGUCUGUAUUACUGAAUGCACAGUAUUUCAGUCUAGGUUAGCUGACAAGGUUAAUCAUGACAAUCACAACUGUUAAAUUUACGUUAUCUCAAAUAGCUAAUGUCAACAGCAUAGGUUUCUGCCUUGUUCCAUUUAUAUUGUUUUCUUUAUUUAUAAUAGUGAUACAUAACUUAUUUCUGUUCUGUAACUGCGGUACGCCAAGCUAAACAUGACCUAAGAAAACUUUUUCGGUAUCUGUAUAUAUAGAUUUUAUUUUAUGACGUAUUCUAUAAAUUGAUCUGACUGCUAUGGAUAAUUAUUUGCCAAAUUGGACUAAUGAAGUUUGUUAUGAGUAUUAACAAACUAUUCUAUCUGAGUCUAUCCCUGUUAAAGUAUAUGAGACUCAUGUUGGCCUACUUGCAUUGUAAAAAAACAAAGGCUUAGAUUUCCUCUCAGGAGAUGUAGCUAUGGAGCUAUAGUUGCAGUGUUUCCAGGUGUCCCCUCCCAAUACAGCCAUUUCCAAGGCAUUGAAGAGCAAGGUGGUGAAUAAUAACAUGUCACAGGGUAUGCUGUGAGAGGCUGUUGCAGAGACCACCAUGAGAUCUUGUUGGCAGCUUCUUACAGCUGUUUUGUCUCGGGAUGCCUGCAUCAUAACCACCCUGCUCUCUGUACCUCGGAAAUCAUUAUUGGGGUAAUGUGAGGCUUUAUGAGUAGGAUCGGGGAGAACUUUUGGUCAUUGUGAUUUUGCAACCACAAAUGUGAAUAGGACCCCCUUAUUCAGAUUCAAUAACCAGUUUCAUUUCGCCAUGCUCCAAAAAUAUCCCCCCUCAAGUGUGUUGUGUAGGCCUCUAGAUCAGUGGUUCUCAACUUAUGGGUCCCCAGGUGUUUUGGCCAACAACUCCCAGAAAUUCCAGCCAGUUUACCAGCUGUUAGGAUUUCUGGGAGUUGAAGGCCAAAACAUCUGGGGACCCACAGGUUGAGAACCACUGCUCUAGAUCCUCCAGUAUGAUUCUGUGAUAAUCUUCUGGUCCAAGUAUGGUCAAAAUACAGUAGAGUCUCACUUAUCCAACAUUCGCUUAUCCAACAUUCUGGAUUAUCCAACGCAUUUUUGUAGUCAAUGUUUUCAAUAAAUCGUGAUAUUUUGGUGCUAAAUUCGUAAAUACAGUAAUUACUACGUAGCAUUACUGCAUAUUGAACUACUUUUUCUGUCAAAUUUGUUGUAUAACAUGAUGUUUUGGUGCUUAAUUUGUAAAAUCAUAACCUAAUUUGAUGUUUAAUAGCCUUCUCCUUAAUCUCUCCUUAUUAUCCAACAUAUUUGCUUAUCCAACGUUCUGCCGGCCCGUUUAUGUUGGAUAAAUGAGACUCUACUGUAUAUAGGAGUUCAGGUAUUUCCAGGGGGCCUUGAAACAUAUUCCCCAUGGAUACAGGCGUUUGUAAUUACAAUGUCUUAAGUCAGGUUUAUGACACUGUAAUUACUGAACAUUAUUUCAACCAAAGCAUAAUACGAACAUUUACUAAUAGAUUCUAUCAAGUUCAUGAGAGGCCUUCUCAAUAAUAGUGUGGAUUUGCGCUAUUGUUUUCCCAACCAUUUCCAAAAGAAGAACUCAAGAGAGUAACUCAUUCAUUCAGAUGGUGGUGCUUGUAUGUCUUGUGCAGUUAUUAGCCAUCUCAUAAGUCUCUCUUUUUGACUGAAGGUUGGAAGUAUACAGUUGAAUUUGAUGGUUCAGGCCAAUCUACAUCAAUUAACCAUCUUCCAUUCUGGUUACUGUUUUAUUUAUGAACAAUAUUUAUAAUACACUUUCCAGCACACAUUCACAAGAAAAGUGUACCAGAUGAAAAUACAUGAAAUAUAUCCAAGUAAAACAGUGUUAGACUACAGAAUUAAUAGCAUUAAAAUGACAAUCUCAGCUAAUUUCCAAAAUUCUGGUGGCAUGCAAGUACCUUGGUUUGACAGAUACUGCAAAUUUCCUUAAAAGUAUUUUUUUUGUUGGACUUAAUUUUUUUUUUCAUUUGAAUGUUGGAGGAGUGAGGAAUGGCUUUAUCUGUGUGCACCAUGACAAAGUAAGAUUUUGUGUAUACAAAACCAAUGUUUAUGCACAGUACAUCACAAAACAAUCACUGUAGCACUGAAUUUCAAUCCUGUUUCCUGGAAUUAUGCACGCAACUAUAUUUGUGCAAAGUGCCUAGUUAGAAGUUCAUGUCUUAAUUCCACAUAGUUCGGUACAUGCCAUCCAGUACUCACCUAGAUGUUACAGGAAAAGCCUAUCAGCACAUGAAAUGAAUGAGUAUAAAAAGAACUGUGCAUGGAGAUUUGAAUGUAUCCAGCAUUUAAAAUGUCAAUUAGGUGAAAACAGCUUUCUUGGCUUACUGCUCUGUAUCUUAAACACUUAAAUUAUUGAUUCCUGAAUGUACGACACAGCACAAACAACUUUCAUAUUACAUGUUUUGAUUUUUGGUCCAGUGUUGGUAUUGUCUCUCAUAAGUUGAUGCUAGGGGGUCUUUGCUAUAAGUGCAGGUGAGAUGGGUACAAAUUACGUUGAAUUGUUAUUUUCCUAGAAUGUUCUUUCUUACCUCAGCAUGUUCUGUAGUCACUCUGUAUUUGUAUAUGUUGCCAGAACUUAGAAUUUGAAUAGCAAUGUUUAUGUAUGUGUUCAAAUCUUUUAAAUAAAAUGCACAAUGUGGAAGAA